UUUGGGAGGUGGGGCGACACGGCAAGUCAUAUGAUUUCUCAUUUUUUGUGUCAGAGUUGCUGCAAUACAGUCACGUCUAUUCUUGCUCGGAAAAAAUACUGUCCAUUUUUAAUCGAAAGAGAAAGGAAGGCAUUUGCAAUGACUUGGUGACUGGGUCAGUACUUUGCCUGUUUGUUUGUUUUUUUGUACCUAAGAAAUGCCUGCGACCUGAAAAAAGGAAGUUACUUGAACAAAGCUGGACAAUCGCUGGAAAACCGUCUUCCUUUCUCGGAGACCUGUCAGGCAGUCCAGACCAGCUUCUCCGCCGGGGUCGGAUUUCAGACGAGACCGCAGUGAUCUGCUCAUGGAGCAGGAGGAAGAGCUAUGAGCAGCACGCCGAGGAGGGCUGAUUUCGCUGGCCACCGCCAGUGCUUCCUCUUGGCCCUGCACACGACGAAGAGGGGGAGGAGACGCUCCGUUUGAGGGUGCAGCCCGUGGGAGAGGCCGCCUGUGGAGAAUGGCUGUGGGGCCCUGCAGCCUGCAGCUCCAGGAGCGGAGGCCGGAGCUGGUGGAGAUGUGGAGCAGGUGCAUCUCCGAAGUCCUGGACCUCUUGCACGAGGAGCAGGUGAUCACCACCGAGGACGUGAGCUUCGUCCGGGGGGAUCACCUGGGGAAGACGGACCAGAUGAGAAACCUGCUGGAUGUGCUGCACGGCAGGGGGGAGGAGUCCUGCAGGGCCUUCGUUGACAUGCUGGAGAGGAAGAGACACCUCCUGCUCCAGGCUCGGAUGCAGCCACAGCAGCAGCACAGUCAAGGUAGCAGCUUAGAAACUCCCCAGAACCUCUUGGAGGUACACAAGAAGAUUUUGGGCAGCCAGCAUGGCACAGUGGUGGAUUACAUUGGUAAGAGCAGGCCCGGCCAGCCCCUGGAGGAGAGCUACACCGAGAUCACCCUUUCGCUGAACGAGACUUUUACCGUGCGGGGGCAGCAUGAGGUGACGGAGGUGGGGAACGCUUUCAAGAAGCUGGAUUCGGAGCGCAGGUGUGAAUUUGAGACCAUAAGUAAGAAUCUGCUGCAGCAGGACAUGGUCACCGCCGUUCUCUGUGGUGUGGCAGGUAGUGGCAAGACCACUGUCACCAAAAGGUUUGUCCAGUACUGGUCCAAGGAUUCCUUGACAUCCAAGAUUGUCUUUAUCUUCACCUUUAGGGAGCUGAACCUCAUCACAGAGUGCAGGAGCCUGCAGGAACUCUUGUCCACCCAUUACAGUCAUCUGAAGCCCAUCUUAAACCAGGUUUUCUCCAAAGAUCCCUCUCGGAUUUUAUUCAUUUUUGAUGGGCUGGAUGAGUUUCAGUUUCCCUUGGAUUUUGACAAGACGCCGAAAUGUACUGAUCCUGAAAUGCCUCAGAGAAUCAAUCACAUGGUGGUCAAUCUACUCAAGGGAAACCUGCUGCAUGGCUGCUCCAUGCUUAUAACCUCCAGGCCUCACGCUGUCAGCAAACUUCCACAGGCGCUUAUCCAGAAUUUCUACAAGAUCUUAGGGUUCUCAGCUCUCCAGCAGAAAGAAUAUUUCAGGAAGAGCUGUGGGACUCCGGAGGCAGCCGAUGAAAUCUGGCAAUAUGUCUCGGCUCGCCCCCCUCUCUUCCUGAUGUGCCAUAUCCCAGCUUUCUGUUGGAUCAUUGUUACUGCCCUGCAAGAGAAAAUCUCUGUGACGGCCGGGACUGAGAACACUAUCACUGUGACGGAGAUCUACUGCCGCUUCCUCAAAGCCAUUCUGGUUUUCCAUGGGGAACAGAAAGAUGGAUCCCAGAUUCAGAAGCUCCUGAAGGCUCAGCAGCUGCUAAGGACCAUGAGGCCUCGGCUGAAAGAUCUGGGCGCCCUCGCGUUCAAGGGUUUAGUUGAACGCAGAUUUAUCUUUGGCCCAGGAGACCUCACCUGGUUCGCCCUCGACCAGAAUGACUUGUCAAAAAUGUUCCUGGUGGAGAUUCUGAAAGAGGAUCGCGACUUUCUUGCCUACGAGAAGAGCUAUCACUUUGUCCACACCAGCUUGCAGGAGUUCUUUGCUGCUCUGUAUUACGUGUUGGAAUCCCAGACCGGCAUGGAUCCCUUUUCCUGCCUGAAGUCCGCCCUGCUUCCUGUGCACCGGAGGCUGGCAGCCGGGAUGAGAAAGCUCUUCGGCCCAGAACGAGUUCUCAGGAAGAGGGUGAAAGAGGCCUUUAACUGGAGCCAUCGCCAUCAGUCCGGCCACAUGGAUCUCUUUUGCAGGUUUGUGUCGGGCCUGCUGGUGCCCCGGACACGCCAGAUCCUGGAGGGGAUCUUCGCGCCGCCCGGUGGCGCACACCCCCAGCUCUUCCUCCUCCGGCUGCUUCACAAGCAGCUGGACAGCAGCAGCCUGGUGCCGGAGAGGCAGGUCAACGUGUGUCACUGCCUGUACGAGGCGCAGGACCCUGGGAUGAUGGACCGGCUGAAGAGCUGGCUGGCGCACGUCUCACAGGGCCAGGCCCAGAACAGCCCCCGGGAUUGGACCGAGCUGGCCUUCCUGCUGCAGCUGGCCAACAAUCUGGACGAGCUGAACCUGGAGAACCGCGGGCUGGGGGCCGACGGGCUGCGCCGGCUGCUGCCCGUCCUGCCAUUCUUCAGCACUCUCAGGCUGGGACAGAAUCCCCUGGGCAGUGAGGGAGCUGCCGUCCUGGCCACAGUGUUGAAGAGUCCAGACUGCAGGAUCGAGAGGCUGUGGGUGGUGGGUGCAGGCCUGGGGUCAGAGGGGGUCAAGAUGUUGUCAGAAGGCCUGAAAGAGAACAGCACUGUUGUGGAUUUGAGGUUGGCCAUUAAUAACAUUGGAGACGAUGGGGCUGGCUGCCUUGCCGACGUCCUGAUGAGGAACAGGACUCUUAAAGACAUCAGGUUACGGGACAACCUGAUAACGGACAAGGGGGCGGAGCUCUUCAUGGCGGCUCUGCGCGAGAACACCACGCUGGAGUAUCUCUGGCUGUUUGACAACAAAAUCUCCAAAGCGGGGGUGAGAAGGCUGAAGGACUUUGCGAAAACCAGAGAGAGUCUGGACAUCAAGUCCUGCACCUGAGGCUGUGCCUGGCAGGCAGGGCUGGUCGUCUCUCUCGUAUGCGCGGGUCAGGCAGAAGGCAAGCGUUGAGCCAAGCCGAUGUCAUCAUGGAGACGUGCCCUACUGACCUGUAGGCUUCUAGUCAGGAGCCGCUGGGGUGACUUAUCACCACCAGCGACCCCUGGACGGGCUGCGGAGUGAUGCUGGACUCGCAUCGCCAUCUGCUUGGUUGGGCUGUUACAUGAGUUUCGCAGUGCGGAGCCACAGUGGUUAAAGACUGACUUCUUUCAAUCCAGCAGCCAUAUCACUCUGCAACUCGCAACAACUGGCAGCCCAGUAGGUGUGAGCCUGGUCAGUACCUGGAUA